UACAGCCAGUAUAGAAGAAACGAACAAAUGUUAGUUAUGGGGAUCCCUAGCUGCGUAAACUUCAGAGCGGUCGAUCCUUUUUGAUAAAGUAAUAUAAUGAAUUUUUGAGAUUAGUUUAUAAAAUACUUUCAUGUGCAUGGCAAAAUGGCAGUGUCCUUCUGUGUGAGAAGAAUUAUAUCAACGCGGCAGAGUUUUCUGAAAAUACCUAAACGACAUGGAUACAUAGUCUUAUUACCAGAGAUAGGCGAUGAAUCAUCUGAGAAGAAUCCAUUGUUAAAAAAUAACAAUUUGCCUGAAUUUAAUACUAUUACAAUUGAAAAAUGUAUUGCUGCUAUUGGGAGGCAAACUGUAGAAUUCGAAGAAAAGAUGAAAAGCUUAGCAGAAGUUAUAGAAUCAACAAAAGAUCUAGAUAUAUUUAAUGAUUUACUGCAUACAAUUGAAGAUGCAUACUUGUCUUUAGAGACUACAUGGGGCAUAGCAAAGACUUUAUAUUUUGGCAAUCAAAGUGUGAUGCCCACAAAAUCUUAUGUAUUUAUUCAUGAGCGUGCAUCAAGAGCUGCAGUUAGCAAAUUUAACAAUGCAUCAUUCUAUAGAGUAUUUAAGGAAGCCCUGGAGAAUAAAGACAUAAAAUUAACGCACUCCCAGAAACGAGUAUUGAGCAAGUAUGUACUAGAAGGGACAUUAAAUGGUUUGCAACUCAAAGGUGAAGACUAUGAGCUGUUUGUAGAUGAUAUGGAUUAUAUAGGGCGCAAAGUCAAGGAAUAUAAGGGAAAAUAUGAGGCUGUUACAAGAGUUUAUAGUCUCACGAUACAAAAUGAAGACGUCAUACAAGACUUCCCAGAGGAUUUUCUUAAAACCAUUGCACUUGAUCCCAAGCAGUUUCUCUUAGGCCCAUGGAAGAUUACCUUAAAACCAUACAUCAUGGAACCGUUUAUGGAGCAUUGUCCUGAUCGUAAAUUGAGGGCGACAAUCUGGGAUGCCGACGUCACUCGGUGCUCCACGUAUCAAGAAAAAUCUGUUCAGGCCAGUGUAACUUUGGAAGAAAUACGAGGCAGAAGAAACGAGCAAGCGCAGCGUUUAGGAUACAAGCAUUUCGCGGAGAUGAGUAUGCAGACGAAAAUGGCUGGCAAUUUGGAGAAUUUGCAGAACGUAUUGGAAACUCUUCGAAGUACUGCGCGACCUAUACAGGAUCGAGAAAUUGCAAAUUUAACAGACUUUGCGAAGGAUAGAGGCUUUACAGAUAUUAUAAGGGUGUGGGAUGUGGCAUACUGGAGCAGAAAACAAUGUCGCUUUUUAUAUAACUGUGAAGAUAGUGUUUUGAGGCCGUACUUCCCAUUGUCAACCGUUUUGUCGGGCUUAUUUGAACAUAUCGAGACGCUUUUCAAUGUGAAAAUUGUCGAAAAUAAAAAGGCAGAUAUCUGGCAUAAGGAUGUUCGGUUCUUCGACGUGUUUGACUUGAAUGUAUCUAGCACUGUUCCUAUGGCAAACUUCUAUCUGGACCCCUACGCCAGAGGCGAAGAUAAGUUUCGCAAGGAGCAGGACUCAGGAUGGGUAUCCACGAUUAAGAGCAAGAGCAAAAUUUGCGAUAGCAAUCCACUAGUUGCUUUGAUUUUCAAUUUUCCGCCACCGAUGGGCGACAAACCCUCGUUGCUCUCUUUCAAGGACGUGCAAAUUCUCUUUCAGAAGUUCGGACAUGCUCUGCAGCAUUUACUAACUACAGUCGAGUAUUCGGACAUCGCCGGAUUAUCGUUCGUGGAUUGGGAUGCGGUAUUUAUUUGCGACUACUUUAUGGAAAAUUGGUUGUAUGAGCCGUUUGUGCUACGCAAGAUCUCCGAGCAUUACGAAACAAAAGAACCAUUGCCCAUGGAGAUUGUUGAGGAUAUUAAGAAAAUGAGAUCACAUCUCGCCGGCUACAAGCUGUGUAAGGAGCUUUAUCUCUCGCAAUUGGAUCUAGAGUUGCAUUCCAGUGAAACAUUUUGGGUACCCAUAAUGAAAAAAUUGUGGCCGAAGUACUUUGCGUUACCACUGGAGAGAAGAGACGUCCAUGUCUGCUCUUUCGAGGCCAUCUGGAGUGGCAGUUGGGCAGCUGCAUAUUUUAGCAAGACCUGGUCGCAAAUGAUAGCCGCCGACUUGUACACAGCAUUUCAGGAGGUCAAGUUUGACAAGUCAAAGCAACAAGAAAUAGGUGCGAGAUUUCGCAAUACAUUCUUGGCUCUAGGUGGCAAUUACCCUGCCGCUGAGAUUUUCAGGAAAUUCAGAGGCAGAGAUCCAAGUCCACAGGCAUUACUUGAUAAUUCCGGCUUGACGCGAGUGACAGAGGCCAAAUGAUGUAACUAUAUGAUUGAAUAGAUUUUGCCAUAAUUAGUGGUGCAAAGGAAUAAUAAAUUAGAUUCAUAUAGUAAAUUCCGAGAUAUUGAUCGAUGUAAAGUCGAUUUAUAUUAUGUAAUAUAUAACACAGUAUAAUGUAAUAAUAUAUUAUGUAAUAUAUUAUGUAAUAUGUAUAAUCGAUUUGUGUAAUAUAUAUUAUGUAAUGAUAUAAAUCGAUUUAUAUUGAGGACAAUUUA